CGAAGCUCUUCCAAAGUUCCAACUUCCCCUACCGCUGCUUUCUCGCUGCUCCUCCCUUCUCUUCAAACUUCUCUCAGGUCGUCUCUCUUUCUCUGGCGCUCCACUGGUUCCUCAACCGGCCAUUACAUAAGGGUCAAAAAUUGAUAAUAUUUAUACAACUUAAACAGUUAAACCUGCUUGGAAGAGGGUACGAAGGCUAAUCUUAGUAUUGUGGAUGACCUGGAGAUCAGUUCUGAUAAGAAUUGAAGAAUGAGAGGAAGUGUCCUGAGUGAGGUCAUGAGGUAUCUGGGAUAUGCAAAUCUUGCUCAAUAAUAAACAGAAAUUACAGCAAAGAGAAUUAUAGUCUUGGCCCCUGGUUAUAUCAGUGAGAGAUGGCAUCAUGUAAUGCAGAAACAAGAUCAUGCAAGGAUGAGGAGGAAAGAAAAAGCUCAAGCAAUAAGCAUGGUCCUUUGAGCCAGGUUAAUGUUAUAGAUUGUAAUUAUGCAGAUAAAUUUAGUUUAAUGAGAAAUGCAUCCUUGGAUGGAGAUAUAAGUGUAGAUCCUCCAGUCAACAAUAGUUUAGGGUCAGAUGUCACGGAAUUGCAAUGUAAUUUAAAAUCAAAUUGUUCACAAACAAAGAAAGGAAAGAAGAGAAAGAAAAGGCGACAAAUUAAGCAGAAUGGCCUGAUGGACUGUCAAGGGGAUGGUUCUUCAAUAAAGGAUGAUUCUAUUGGAACAAAUUCAUGCAAUGAGUGUGGAGUUGAUACUAAUAUAAAGACAGAUUUGCAACAACUUCCAAAAUUGAGUCGGUCACAGAAGAAGAGAAUGAGAAAGAAGCAGAAGCUUAAUGCCACUGUGAUUAGUAAUGAAGCUCAUGGUCCUUGUGCAGAGUUGGACUCGGUAAAGGGAGGGGAAAAUGCUGAAAAGCUAAGUGAUUCCCCAAGAAAUCCAAGUACUGAUUUGAAGAAGAAACAUGAUAAUGAUGGAAAGCCUGGCCUUGUUGAGUCCGUUGUUGAUAUUAAUGAAAGGGCUGCCCCAUUUUCAGAAUUGAGUCGAUCACAGAAGAAGAGAAUGAGAAAGAAGCAGAAGCUUAAUGCCACUGUGAUUGAUGAUAAAGCACGUGAUUCUCUUGCAGAAUGGGAAAAUGCCGAAAAGCUAAGUGAUUCCCCAACAAAUCCGAGUGCCGAUUUGAAGAAGAAACAUGAUAAUGAUGGCAAGCCUGUCCUUGUUGAGUCCAUUGUUGAUAUUAAUAAAAGGGCAGCCCCAUUUUCAGAAUUGAGUCGAUCGCAGAAGAAGAGAACAAGAAAGAAGCUGAAGCUUAACACCACUGUGAUUAAUAAUAAAGCUCAUGGUUCUCUUGCAGAGUUGGACUCGAUAAAGGUGGGGGAAAAUGCUGAAAAGCUAAGUGACUCCUCAAGAAAUCCAAGUGCUGAUUUGAAGAAGAAACAUGAUAAUGAUGGCAAGCCUGGCCUUGUUGAAUCUGUUGUUGAUAUUAAUAAAAAGGCAGCCCCCCUUUCAGAAUUGAGUCGAUCACAGAAGAAGAGAAUGAGAAAGAAGCAGAAGCUUAACGCCACUGUGAUUAAUAAUAAAGCUCAUGGUGCUAUUGCCGAGUUGGACUCGAUAAAGGUGGGGGAAAAUACUGAAAAGCUAAGUGAUUUCCCAAGAAAUCCUAGUACUGAUUUGAAGAAGAAAAAUGAUAAUGAUGGCAAGCCUGGCCUUGUUGAGUCCGUUGUUGAUAUUAAUAAAAAGGCAGCCCUACUUUCAGAAUUGAGUCGAUCACUGAAGAAGAGGAUGAGAGAGAAGCAGAAGCUUAACGCCACUGGGAUUAAUAACAAAGCUCAUGGUCCUCUUGCAGAGUUGGACUUGACAAAGGUGGGGGGAAAUGCUUUGAUAUCUGAAAACCGAAAUGAUUCCCCAAGAAGUCCAACUGCUAGUUUGGUAAAGAAACAUGAUACUAAUGGUGGCACUGGCCUUGAUUUGGUCGAGAAGGAAAAUAUUAAAACUUAUCAGAUGAAGGGAAAAUUAAGAACCUAUCGAAGGAAGAAAAGGCGGUCCCCUGACUAUGAAGAAAAUGCAGAGCUCAUCAUGGUGGCUAGGCAAACUUCAACAAAUUCACAUGAGGUGCAUUCAUUUGAGCUAUCAAAGAAUGAGAUUGAAAGAGUACAGCCUAAGGAAAAUGAUACUUCUAUCAAGGUUGUGGAAAAUGUUUUAAGAGAGAAGACCUCUUCCAAUUGUUCAAAUGGUGGCUUUGCAUGUGUGGAAAGCAAGAAUGUAACUGGGGCAGAGAAGGAUGCUGAUUUAGAUGUUUCUGUCAAGCAGGGAAAUCUUCCUAAAGUGUCAUUCCCUUCACUAGAAGGACCUCUUGUUGGAUGUUCUGAUAAAAAGCUUCUUAUCCUUGAUAUUAAUGGACUUCUAGCUGAUUUUGUUCCAUAUUGUUCUAAUGCAUAUACGGCUGAUGUGAUAAUAUCCAGGAAAUCAGUUUUCAAGAGGCCCUUCUGUGAUGAUUUUCUGCAGUUUUGCUUUGACAAAUUUAAUGUUGGUGUAUGGUCCUCUAGAACCAAGAAAAAUUUGGACAAGGCAAUUGAUUUUCUCAUGAAAGAUUCUAGACAUAAGUUGCUUUUUUGUUGGCAUCAAUCCCACUGUACUAAAACCGGAUUCACCACUGUUGAGAAUAAGAGCAAACCCCUAGUUUUGAAGGAAUUAAGAAAACUAUGGGACAAACUUGAGCCCGGUCUUCCAUGGAAUAUGGGGGAUUAUAAUGAAUCUAACACAUUAUUGUUGGAUGAUUCACCAUACAAGGCCUUGCGCAAUCCAGCGCACACUGCUGUAUUUCCCCAUUCAUACCAGUACAAGAAUACUGGAGAUUCCUCUUUAGGACCCGGAGGUGACCUUAGGGUAUAUCUCGAACGAUUAGCUGAGGCUCGAAAUGUUCAAGAAUAUGUUGCACAAAAUCCAUUUGGUCAGCGAGCCAUUACAGAAUCAAAUCCUUCCUGGGGUUUCUAUCAGAAGAUUUUAAGUGCUGACUUGUACCAAUGACAAGAUGUUGCUAGUAGACAGUAGUUAUGACACUGGGCAAUAGUGAUCGAUUUUGAAUGACCUGCAAAACACUUGCGUCUUUUGGCCCUGAGUGAUGUAAUUCAAUUUGCUUCUAAGGGCUGGAUUGAUGUUGCAGAAUGCGGUGCAUUUUUUCUCAAGUCAGUUCAGUUGCGUGGAAAACCAGAAACAUGUUUCCGGCUGAAUUAUGGAAGAUUGCUAUUGUGACUGCUGUUAUUUUGAUAACCAUGCAGAAUAGUGAUCUGGUUUUCGUCAACCUUAAGAUGAGCAACAUUUUUGUUUCUUGUGCUUUAGGCUGUUUUUUUUUUGGCCUAAUUUUUUACUCAAGAUUUAUGUAUCUUCAUUGGCAAUUAUUAGGUCUUACGGCAUGAUGUACUGCUAAGCAAACAACUCUGAAUAGAGACGAGACCAUUUUAUUGAGAAAAGGCACAAAGACAAUAACAAGAUGGAGUCUUGAAUAAAUUUCUGUUCUGCAA